AUGUCCACAAAUGAAGACUCCGUGCGAAAAAGGAAGCUCAAGGUGGUACAUGAUGAAAACGACAGAUACGACGGAAAGUCGCACAGAAGAAAGUAUGUCUUUGCGCCCAGGGAUACUCUUUCCAAGACCGCGCCUGCUCACAACAAAGAAGUCAUACUUAAAGACGCUGAUCCCAAUGUGCUCAUAAACGAGAAUCGUAUUGUGGAGGAGGCGGAUUAUUUGUUCCCAGCUAAUAUCGGAUCUAGUCAGAAUGGAGGUGAAGAAAGGGUGGUCUGGGAGCCCGCUAGCAACAGAAAAAAACGGGCUGAAAUGGCGGCUAGGUAUCAGGAGUUGAGUGAGCAGCGAUCCAGUAGUCUGCCGUCUUCCCCGCUAGCAGAUAGGACAUUUCCAGAAGCAAUCCUGCCGAAUCAUGCUUUGGACCCGGCAUUGUCGUCUAUGGUCAAAAAGUACAAUUCCAGCGUGGAACUUCUGCCUUCGCCCGGAGUAGGUAGAUCGAAGUCCGACCUUGGAGCCACACCACUUUCGAAGAUACGAACAGGGUUUGGAUCGAAAAGAUCCUCGUCCAAGCAAGAUACCACGAAUGAUGGGACCCCGCUUUCCAUCCAGCUGUAUCGAAGUUUGGGGCCUAAUUCGAAGACACCUUAUUCUCUGAAAUACCAGGACUCUCAGAAAACGCCAUGUGCAAAUUCCACCCCUUUGGCUGCAAGGGAGCCCAAGAAAAGCGAGAUGUUACUCGAUGACUUGGAAGAUAUGUUUGGUGAUAGUUUCGAAGAGCAAUCCUUUGCAAACGAACUAGAAGCCAAAUCUGCCCCAGAGCUUGAAAAUGUGGAUAUAUCUGUGGAUGGUGAGUUUAGCGACUUGGAUAUGGAUGAGCUAGAUGAAAUUAUGGGAGUGAAUCCUAGCGCUGCUCAAAAUGAGGUAAACCUUACGCCACAGCAAAAAGCUGACUCCAGGGACGAGGAUGAUCUCCUCGACGACGACGACGACGAUGCGUAUGACGAGCUUUUUGGCCAGUUAGCUGUUUCCAAAACCGGACCUAAUGAGCUGGCAACAACUGAGACAAAUCUUGCGAAGUCUGCAUUACAAAAGGAUUCGCUAUAUCGAUUCGUGAUCAAGAAAGCCUCCAGGUCAUUUUACAACAUUGACGGAAAGCAGAAAGAACAGGUUGACCUCACUGUCAUGGAUUCUUCCAUGCGCAUGAGAAGGGUACAUGUUCGUGAUUUCUGGGCUGAACUUGACUUUGAAGAGAACGAUGUCAUUCACGUUAUCGGAACUAUGACUGGAGUGGUAGACAAAACCCAAAACAUUCUAAUUUGGAAUCCUGAUGAACUUCUAUCGGCCACAACAAUAAGUGAAACUCUACGAUGCCAGAGAAAAUCGGUGAUCAAAAGCAGAAUAUCGUUUCCGGGAGAAGCAAACAUCCCAAUCAUAGUUGGACAUUCAAUCCAUUCAAUUUUCCAGUCAUGCUUGCUAACGGGAAACACAUCCGAUGGUUUCAUGUAUUCUGAAAUGGAGAAUCUCUUGGAUCAGUUUGAAAUUGCGAUUCUCAGCGCAGAUCACACUAAAGAGUAUGUGCGGGAUCAGUUAAAGGAACACAUCCCGUUCGUGAAACAGUGGGUCGAUCAUAACCUGAACAGGACAAACGGACUGAAGCCUCCGCCUUUUGGCAUUUCGAAGGUUGUCGAUGUGGAGGAGAUCAUCUGGUCCCCAGAAUAUGGGAUUAAAGGAUACAUCGAUGUUGUCUUGGAGGCGAAGCUGGGUUCUGGAAAGAAUAGCAUAAUCCCAAUGGAAAUCAAGACAGGAAAGGACCAUAUCUCUCAUCGGGCUCAAGUCUCAUUGUACCAACUUCUCAUAAAGGACAGAUACGACGAGGAUCCAGAUUUCAGUCUUCUGGUAUUCACGAAAACCGCAGAGACCCUGACGAAUGAGAAAAAUCUAUCCGAUCUCAAGAUGUUGAUAAAUUUGAGGAACAAACUCUCCAAGUAUCACAAAGCAAACUCGAGAGACCUUCCUCCUCUUGCAAAAUCCAUAAGUUGCGAGCGAUGUGAGGUCAAGGAUGCCUGUAUGGUGUUCAAUAAGCUCAUGGAGUUUGGGACUGAGUCGGAAGCUGGCCUUCCAAACGGAGAAUACACAGAUAUCACAGGACACUUAAACCUGCCAGCACAUUCCGAAUUUUUCAACAAGUGGGAUGACUUGCUAUCAAAGGAGGAAUCUCUUUUUGCCAGAAUGAAGAAGGAUUUGUGGUUGUAUUCAUCAACAGAAAGAGAGAACAGUGGAGGUAAUUGUGUAGGAAACCUGGUGAUAUCAAGCAGGUACGAGACCUCUGAAUCUGGAGAUGCCUAUUAUUAUAGGUUUGAGAGAAAAUAUGGCCCCGAUUUGCUUUCUUCUCCAUUCACCAAAAUGGAUAUGGUUCUACUCAGUGGGGAAGAUAGCCGGUUUGCAAUAGCUACUGCUUUUGUGGACUCUGUGAGCACCAACAGCCUGGUUCUCAGAAUGAGCAAACAGUUACCAACGAGGUCGCUAUCGAAACCGUCCACUCAAUCCCAAAGCUCUCUCUCCACGAACAAAGUGUUCGCUGUUCCUGAAGAGCUUCAAAUCCGGAAAUACAGAAUAGACAAAGACGUAAUUGGCCAUGGAUUCAGCAUGGCUAGAUUCAACAUCAUGAACCUAUUUCUGCCUGAUGGAGAUCAAAAAAGAAGACAGGUUGUUGUUGAAGGGUUUAAACCACGGUUCAUGAACAAACCACUUAAAUACGAUUCCGCCUUGAAGGCUGCAUUCAACGAGGAUCAGGUCAAAGCAAUGGACAAAGUAUUGUCUGCAGAAGAUUAUUGUCUCGUUUUGGGCAUGCCUGGAACAGGAAAGACGACGGUCAUUGCUCAGAUAAUUCGAAGUCUUGCACGAAACGGGAAAACGAUCCUCUUAGCUUCAUAUACUCACUCAGCCGUGGACAAUAUACUGAUGAAACUACUUGAUGAUGACAUUGAUAUUUUGAGAGUGGGGAACCCGCACAAAUUUCAUCCGAGCAUCUCCAAGUUUGCACUGAACAGUUCUGCUAUACAAAAGCCCAAAGAGUACAGAGAAGCUUUACUGCAGCCUCAGGUUGUUGCGGUGACAUGUUUGGGACUAAAUGAUGCUGUGUUUUCGCACCGUCAGCAGUUUGAUUACUGCAUCAUUGAUGAGGCGUCGCAAGUGUCACUGCCUGUUUGCAUUGGACCCUUGAGGUUUUGUGAUAAAUUUGUUCUCUUCGGUGACCAUUUCCAAUUACAGCCUCUCGUUAUGAGUCCAGAAGCCAAAAAGGGAGGUCUUGAGGACUCGCUAUUCAGAUUGCUCAACGAUCGUCACCCGGAAUCGGUCGUCGAACUGACAUAUCAAUACAGAAUGUGUUCUGAGAUCAUGCUCAUUUGCAACACUCUCAUCUACAAUGGACUGCUUAAGUGUGGAAACUCCGAUGUGGCCAACCAGGUGUUCAAAAUACCUAGCAAGCAAAACCUGGCUCGACUGAUUCCAAGAACGGAGGGUACAUCGAUGUGGAUGGACCAUGUUUUUGAGGAGAAGAACAAAGUGAUAUUUCUUGAUCAUGACAAAGUUCCAGCCGUUGAGGUUGCUUCGGGAGAUAAGAUCGAGAAUUUGACAGAGGCUUCUCUUAUUAUUCAGAUUGUCCAGGCUAUGCUGGCUUGUGACGUCGAGGAAAGCUCUAUUGGGGUUAUGUCUUUCUAUCGAGCACAGAUGAAACAUUUCAAAAUGGCAUUUUCUGACAACAAAGCGAUCGAUAUACUGACUGCUGAUCAGUUUCAAGGUCGCGACAAAGAUUGUGUGAUCAUUUCGUUAGUCAGAUCAAACGAAAACAACAACGCUGGUGAUCUGUUAAAGGAGUGGAGACGUAUAAAUGUAGCCAUGACUAGAGCCCAGUCCAAAUUGAUUGUGGUGGGAAGCGGCAAAAUGAUGAGGAGCAUCGAGAAGUUUGGCGAGUUCAUGAAGUUAAUGGAAUCCAAAUCAUGGAUCUACGAACUACCAAUCGGAGCGGAUAAGACUUACAGGGGAUUAGGUGACAAGUUCCAGUCUCCAAGCAGAAAAAUAAGAACUGUGAGAAGGCCAAUGGUUUCUCCAGACUCCAGGGCAGUGAGAAAUAGCACAGUGAUGAAGGAUAUUGCGGGGUCAUUGUAG